UUCAAAAAAUGUUAAAAUGUCCCAUUUUGACCAUUUCAAAUCCUUUAUUUUUUACCAUUUUUUUGAAAAAAGAAAUUUGCCAAAACAGAUGCUAGCAGUUCUGGGUUUUGAUGAAUCAGCAUUUUCCAAGGGAAACGUGUUUAGUCAAAAAAUUCACAGUUAGCUCUACUUAUGGCUGUAUCACAAUCUGGGUGAAAAAUUCAAUUUUGGAAGCUUUAAAGCCUUGCUGUUUUUAUUUGUCUUUUUGACAUCAUUAGAUAGCAGUUUUAAAUGGGGAAAGAACAGAAGAGGCAAAGUACUCUGGGUUAAGGGACAAAUGAGACACACUUUUCAGCAAUGUAAAUGAUUACAAGAUAACUAUCCUUAUAUAGAAGAUGAGCAUCAAAUUGCCUACUCUGUUAUGCAUUAUACACUGUUUGCAUCUCUUCAGUAAAAGAGAACUGUAAAAAUAAACAUGGCAUCAGACUAAACACUGUUGAUUGAGAAGGCUGGUGUGCUCUGUGAAUGGUACUUGUAUCCAACCAAAAGCUAUUAUUUAGAGUGCCUCUUCUAGGGGAACACAUACCCGGAAAGCUGAAAGAACCAGUGGAGAAGGUUUUCCUUCUUCAGUUUUCUGAGUGCUCCAGUGUCCAGCUUGUUACUUACCACAGCGAACAGGAUCCACAACUAUUUCACAUAUUUUCUUCCAUGGUCCAAAACAACCUGAUAACUCCUCUGCUGCCAUGAAGACUUUGCUUAAGUUACAGAUUCUCAAAUCCUUGUGGCUUCCCAAAUCAAGGUGUAGGCUUUUCCAUAAACAGCCCCGGCUCCUUGCUUCACAGCUGUUUUCGCAUGACAAGUCUGCUAGACAGGAUGAAUUGCAAGUCCCUGAAUAUUUUAACUUUGCAAGUGAUGUGCUAGACAAGUGGUCUCAACUGGAAAAGGAUGGAAAGAGACCAUCAAACCCAGCCUUCUGGUGGGUAAGUGGAGAAGGAAAUGAGGUGAGGUGGAGCUUUGAGGAGCUGGGAUUUCACUCCAAAAAAGUGGCCAAUGUCCUCUCUGAAAUAUGUGGGCUGCAGAAGGGAGACAGAAUUAUGCUAAUUUUACCCAAGAUACCAGAAUGGUGGCUUGUGAAUGUGGCUUGUAUGCGAACAGGAAUCGCCCUUAUUCAAGGGACAUCCCAAUUAACAGCUAAAGAUAUCUUGUAUAGACUGCAGGCUUCUAAGGCCAAAUGCAUCAUUGCCAGUGAUACAGUGGCAUCCGCAGUGGACUCAGUUGCAUCUCAUUGCCAGUUUCUGAAAACUAAAUUAAUUGUAUCUGAAGGCCGAAGAGAUGGGUGGCUGAACUUUAAUGAACUAUACAAAUCACAACCUGCAGAUCAUAUCUGUGUUAAAACAAAGAUUCAAGACCCAAUGGUUAUCUACUUUACCAGUGGAACCACAGGUUCUCCAAAGAUGGCUGAACACACUCAGGGCAGCCUUGGUCUCAGACCUGUCAUAAGUGAAAGAUACUGGCUGGAUUUGACUCCUGAAGACAUAAUGUGGUGCUUAUCAGAUACAGGCUGGAUAGUGGCUUCCAUGGGGUCUGUUCUUGAUCCAUGGGUUUUCGGAUCAGGUGUCUUUGUACACAACCUUCCACGGGCUGAAUCAACAGUUAUCCUAAAUACUCUCUCCAGAUUUCCCAUCACCGCUAUGUUUGCUGCUCCGACUUUGUUUCGCAUGCUGGUGGAGGUACCUUACCAAGACCUUAACAGUUACAAGUUCAUGAGUCUACAGCAAUGCUUGAGUGGAGGGGAACCACUUAACCCGGAAGUGACUGAGCAAUGGAAAAGGAAGACUGGCCUGACUAUCCGUGAAAUAUAUGGACAGACAGAAACAGGAAUAAUUUGUUCAGUUUUCAAAGGGAUGAAGAUUAAACCCGGAUCAAUGGGAAAGGCAGUUCCCUUAUAUGAUGUCCAGAUCAUAGAUGAGAAUGCUAAUGUUCUGCCUCCUGGACAAGAAGGGGAUAUUGCCCUCAGAAUCAAACCUAAAAGACCAAUUGGUCUUUUCUCUAAGUACAUAGAUAACCCUGAGAAAACUGCUGAAUCGGAACGUGGGAAUUUUUUUGUCACUGGAGACAGAGGGACUAGGGAUGAAGAUGGAUAUUUCUGGUUUCUUGGAAGAUCUGAUGAUAUCAUCAAUUCUUCAGGGUAUCGUAUCGGACCCUUUGAAGUGGAAAGCGCAUUGCUGGAGCACCCAGCUGUAGCAGAAUCUGCUGUUGUCAGCAGCCCAGACCCACUCAGAGGCGAGGUGGUGAAAGCUUUUGUGGUCUUGUCAGCUGCCUUUUCCUCAUGUGACUUGGAAAAAUUAACACUUGAGUUGCAGGAGCAUGUCAAGAAAGUUACUGCUCCGUACAAAUAUCCCAGAAAGAUGGAAUUUGUCCAACAGCUACCAAAGACGAUCACCGGGAAAAUCAAGAGGCAUGAGUUAAGAAACAAAGAAUGGGGACGAAAGUAACACUGUCAGAGAGUUUAACAUAGCUUCUUUCACUUCUUUGACACCUUCUAAGCUGUAAUGCUUCUUAGGGUGCUCUGGACUGUGUUACCUUGUCUCUCCGCUACCCCCACCCCACUGCCAGCAAGAGAGAGACUUUCUGGCACUUAACCAGUCUGUUAGUCACCCAAACAAUCUCCUCAGGGCAAAGCAAGCCCUCAUUUUGGUUUGCAUAGGUUCACCCCAGUCCUCACACCCUGUUGGAUAGCUGAAACCCAGCCAGGUAGAAAAAACCCAGGUUGUCUGCCAUUUCAUCCACAUGUGGCAGGAGAGUAAUCUAGAUCAUAUUAUGGGUCAAUGAACAGACUUUGUGAAUGUCAUACACAGCUUACUGGGUGUGAUUAUCCCUUUAGCUGCUGGCCCCAUUCUUCUAUAAUAUUGUGUCUGUGAGCCUAUGGCCAAUUUCUUCCAGUAGCUACAGUUGCCAGAUGGUUUCCACAAAAAUACCGGACACACUUGACAUUACAUCACAAUCUACAUUACAUCUUAUUUAGAAAAUACCGGACAUUUAUAUUUUCUCAUUUAUCUUUUCUCAAUUUGUUUCCCAAACAGAAUGCUCAAAUACUGGACUGUCUGGUUCAAAACCAAACACCUGGCAACCCUAACAGUAGCAUGUACUGCGGUCAGUGGGCCAAAAGACUCACCAAGAUGGGGUGUGGCUCUGUGCCUCCCCUGAAGGGACGGGGCUGGGGCUAGCCUCUCCCAGACCUCUCUCAGUGCUGCCCGGAACAUACCACAUGGGAUUCCAGUGGUGAUUUAAAGAUCCCAGGAUUCCCGUGGCCACCACUACCACAGUAGCAGUCAUGGCAGCCAGGAGCCCUGGGCCCUUUUGAAAUCUGGGCCCCAGGGCACUUGCCCCCUUUGCUUCCCCUUCCCACUCCCCUAUUGGCAGGCCUGACUGUAGUGUGCUGAGUUCUAAUGACAUACGGAUGCUUAACUCUUCAACACCAAGGCUGUGUCUACACUGGCAAGUUAUUCCGGAAAAUCAGCCACUUUUCCAGAAAAACUUGCCAGCUGUCUA